AUGGAAUCAGAAACCCCGAGGCUAGUAUUACCAACGACCCCUCCUAGAAGUCAGAGAGGCUCAAAGAGAGUUCAAAGAAGACGUCGGAGGAUACAGACGGCUUGCAAGAGCUGCCAAGACCGCAAGACGAGAUGUGACGGGAGUCGGCCGGCUUGUUCGGCUUGCCAUAGGCGAGGCGUUGCAGUUGAGUGUAUCUACGAGAACUCGCCCGCUUCUGCAAGCUAUCUCUCUGCUUUGGAGCAGCGACUGCAAAGGCUUGAACAGCGGCAGGAUGUUGAGCCGAGGCCGUCGCAACCAGUCGAACGUCGAGUCUCCCGCAAUGAUUCGAUCCAUGAGGAUAGUGUCGCAUCUCGAGAAAUGCAGACUUCUCCAGGAACACAAGGCCCAUACUCGCCAAACACAUCUCGCUACGCCAGCAACGUCGAUGGAUUAGCCACAGUAUCGACAACUACAGAAAACGAAUGCAUGUACGGCCCAUCAUCUACAAUUGCAUUUGUACAGUUUUGUAAUGAGACAAAUCGACAAGGGUCACUCCCAGAGGCAGAAGAGCAGGCCGAUGAACAACCAUCCGCAGCCAUCCCAGAGGCCAUUCGGGAGAAGGACCCUUUUGCUGCUGUAUACCCACCGCGGAGGACAGCCGACGACUUUGUUCGGUGUUUCUGGGAAUUCGUACACCCAGUCUUUCCAGUACUUCACAAGACAAGCUUUAUGAGCAGAUACAACCUUCUCUGGUCGGCGGACGAGAAUGAGACAAGCAACGAUACAAUCUCGGAGAUGGAGGAAGUGAUCUUUUCUUCAACGCUAAAUAUUGUUUUUGCCAUCGGAUGCCGGUUCAGCGAGUCUGUGCCGGCUGCAAGUAGAGCAUCGCUUGCCCAAACGUUUUAUCAAAGAUCUAGGUCGAUAUACCGCUUCGAGAUUCUCGAUUCCAUGUCUCUUUCAGCUGUCCAGAUGCUUCUUUUGACAGGAGUUUAUCUGCAGUCUACUCAGCAAGCAACUCGUUGCUGGAACGCUGUCGGCCUUGCAAUCAGAGCUGCACAAUCAUUGGGAUUGCACGUCGAAUCGCCAAAUCAGUCACAAAGCCAGUUAAGCAGAGAGAUGAGGCGAAGAGUGUGGCACACUUGUUUGGUAUUGGAUAAGCUUCUUAGUAUGACUUUUGGAAGACCAGCCAUGAUAUCGAGCAGUUGGCACGUCCCACUGCCGUCUCUAAUUGAUGACGAAUAUUUAUCCGCCCAUGGCCAAGGAGAGCAGCCUCAAAACAGGCCUUCAAGACUGGGUUUACUCAUCUGGUCUUCAAAAUUAUUCCUCAUCUUGGAUGAAAUUCUCCUCAGCUUCUACGCUCCACAUCCGCAAAAGACUGUUGAUACCAUGUCUGAGAAUGAUUUGAACGUGCAAAAGAUCAUCUCAGACAUUAUGGUGCUUAACAGGCGAAUCGAAGAAUUCUUCGAGUCGAUUCCGGAAUACUUACGGCUUGAGACUGGAUCUGAGUUAAUACCUGAGCAGCAGGAGCUGAGCGUUACAAUUCAAAAACAGAUCCUGAACUGCCGGCAAGAUAAUCCCUUACUGCAAAAACAUGCGUUUCCCUAA